UAAACUUCAGAUUUGACCUUUAGUUUUUCUUAAGAUGGCUCUUUGUUCACUAAGUGUUUUGAUUCUACUGACAAAAUGUUUAUUGUUUUUUAAAAAUAAAUUACUGGAUUUGGAAGUUGGGAGUGGGAUUAAGUUGGCAAACUUUCUAAAACAUUAACAAGUUCAACAGAGCCAGUUGUGUUUCAGCCUUUUAAUGGGAGCCAUUUAACUAACUGGCUUUGUUCCAGAGAGCUGAGAUAAAUUUUUCAGGAGAAAUUCACAGUGGCCAUGAGCUUGCACUGGUAUUAGCUGCCCAACUCUUGGGGUAACUUGUUUAUAGUCACUUCAACUAUCUUAAGAAAAAGCUUAGAGCAGCUAAUUCAGGUACAAGAGGGGGAGCUCUUUGUGUGUAUAUGGUGGUAUUUUGAUUUUCUUUCAGGUGUGGCAGUGUGGGUCAAUGUGCUUAAAUUUUGUACUUCCAAAACUAAAUAUACCAUUUGUGAGUUUAUUUGCAAUUAGUGGUACUUUUUACAUUAAUUCUGGUUCUCCGCAAAGACAAGCAACUUUUUGACUUUCAGUGCGUUUACAACAUUUAGCUUUUUUCCACAAAGAUUUUUAAUCUUCUGUGUUUAAACAGAUGUGUAAACCAAAGUAUUGCUGCCUUGGUCUUGUUUAAUAAGGGGUGGAUGGAUGCACAUAUAUGGGGGUAUAAAAUACUUUUAAAACGGGCAUUGGCAUGAUUAGGCUUGUAUUCUAUGCAAGUUAUGCUUGCUUGAAUUAAAUUAAGAGUCCUGAUUUCAUGACAGACUGAUAAAUGCACUGGGUCUUAUCAUAGUGAGAUCUGAACACUAUGAAUAUAUUUCAUGCAAAAAUUUGAUCAAAAUAAACAUGUCUUAAACCUAGCAUUACUUUCUUCUUUUACAACAAAAUUUACAAGUAAAGUUCAGUAUUAUCUGUGCAUAUCUUAAUAUAAGAAUUUUUAAACAUCUUUAAUGUGUACAGAGCUGGCAAAAUAACUGUACAAUAUUUAUGCUAUAGUUGACAUCUGCUAAUUCAAUCUUAAUUUUGCUACUAUCAUCAUCACAUUAUUGGGAGAAUAGGGUUUUAAUCUUAAUUGGAACAUUGGUUUCGGUUUUGUAUAGUAUUUUUAAUUACGAAGUGAAAUUUUCAUCUUUGGAAUUGUGCAUUUAGCUUUAAAAGUGCAAAGUUAUGCCUGUAGGUCCCUUAAUAGUAACUCUCUGUGUAUGCUAGUUUGAGGUUACUUGCCAAAGUAAUGGAUUGAGAACAGUCGUGAGAUCCUAAAACUCAAGAACAUUGUGAACAGCCCAUGGAAGUAAAGGCAGUGGACAUGGAUCAAAUAGAAACACAUUGGGAAGAAAUACUGUAGAUCCAAACCCAAAUUUUGAACUCCAAAUGACAAGGUGUGAGCAUAGUUUGCAUGUUCAUCUCUGAAGUAGUGUUAGUAGGGAGGUUGAGGGCAUCGCUAAGCAGUCAUUUUUUCUCCCUAACUCAUUUGAGAAAAAUAAAUUUAAAGAUGGUGGAAGAAAAGUUGCUCUUCUGUUGUGUUGUGGGAUUUUGUUUUUUUUUUUCCUCCUGUUUUUCCUUGCUCUUCAAGCACAUUAUUUAAUUUUCAUAUUUCUUUUGGCUUACCUUUUGGCAAAGGGGAAAUUUCUGAAAAAUAAGGUGUAAAUAUUUUUCAUUGACUGUCAAUGCAUGACGAGUUGAUCUGUAUGACAGUCUUCUUGAGUUUGAUUAAAACAUUAGCUUUUUGUUAUAUUUGAAAUUGGCAUUCUUCAUGUAAGAAGCAUUGUGUGGUUGUUAGUGUCUUAGGCUUGCCAGUAUUACAAUAAAAGUGUAAUGUUGCAUUUUUUUCUGUUCCUUUACACGUGAGUAUAGUGAUACCUUUACCAAAAGUAUCACAAUUCUGAGUAAGUGUGUGUAUGUUAAAGAUUAUGAUCCUGACAGAUUUUUUCACUUAACUUGGUAUCUUUGAGUGGCAUUGUGAUUAAUUUUAGUUUCUUUUCUCUGAGUGUAAGCUAUUGACACAGGCAUUUUCUUUUUUAUAGCUAUAUUUAGAGGUUGUAACUGAGCUUUGGGUCCCAUAGUACAGGAUUAAGCAUUUCUAUAACCCCUGGUUUUGCAUUAGAUUACUUAGAUACUUUCCAUUUAGCCUUACAAUUAACCUGUUUGAAAAAAGAUCUCACCUUACUCUUGGAGAACCAAGACUGCCGUCAGUGUCUCUGAAAGUUUGUGAUUGAGUUAGGGAGUCUGCACUGCAGCCCUGAAUCCCUAGUCUUAGCAUUUAAAUCAAUGAGUGCUAGCUAAUAGUGACUAAAGUGGGCACGAUAGAUCUUAUCAUUAUGUUGGAGACAUAGCUGUUUUGAUGAUUUCUGUGUCUCAUUUAACUAGAAAAAUGAAAACAACACAGCAGAGAAGAACAUUAUGAAGGGACGACAAGAAAUGUUGGCAAACAGUAAUCAACACCACCUGUAUGUUAUGCAUCCUGUGAUCCAGAAAAACAAAAAAGUACACAAAGCAGGUUCAACCACCUUCUUGGUUGGGAAGACACCCAAAGGAAUCUGCAGGAGACAUUUUGAGGAAAUGGUGUCCCACUUUAAUAUGGGAUCAGUAGAAGAACUUGCAGAACAUAUUGUAAAAGCUACAUCAGAAACAAGGCAGAUGAUGUUGAGGGAAUUCUAUAUUUCUAAGUAUCCAGAGAUGGAGUCUUUCUUUCCAGCUGAAAAAGCAGCACAGUCUUCACGUGACUGUGAAGAAAGAGAAUUGGGUACAACACGCUCAAAAAAAAAAUCCAUUGUUAAUUUUGGAAGAACUAAAGCUACACCUUCGUCAGCUAAAGGACUACCUCUGAGCAGAACUACAGAAACACAGAGCCAGCAGAGCCGUAAAGUAAAAGUAGAGCAGCUUCACAAUGACUCGUACUUGGAAGAUGUGUGUGUUGAUGCAAAAUAUAAACAAUCGCCCACUGUUGCUACUCAACAUAUCGAAAGGAGAAACAGUCAAGCAUUCAAGGAUUUUAUGGCAUCUGGCUCAUUAAGCAAUAAAUCAGAAAUAAUUGAGGUGCUGCCUAUAAAAAGUUGUGAAGGACAGCAAGACUCAGAAGGAACACAGCUGCCAAGAAAAAGAUGCCUGUCUCAGUCAGCAAAUGGGGAGAGAAAAGCUCAUGCUUGUAAGAAAAAGUCUUUUGUGGACUUACUUGGAGAUACCUCUGUUCUCAAUGACCUCUUCAGAAAUGACGGAAAUGGGCCUACAGACUCACUAAGGAGAUUCCCUUCAGCGCAAGCAGAAAAAUCAAAGGAGAGACCAAAAGAUUUCUGGGACAUGCUGAAUGACCAGAAUGAGGAGAGCCUCAGAAAGCUCACAGACAUAGCAGUUGUAGAGAAGCUAUGUGCAAAAGCACCUCCUCCCCUAGUGACAGAAAAGAGAGAAGUGCAUGAAAGUUUUCUUUGGAAAAAAAAUGAAAAUUUUCUAUGGAAAAAAUACAGUCCAGAUGAUUCAGAUGAACCAUCCACUGCUACAUCUUGUAGUGUAGUAAAAUGAGAGUUUUCUAUGUGACUUGCACUAUAUUUUAUUUGAACAUUAAAAUAUCCACAGCUUCAGUAAUAUUCAGCAAAAUAUAACUUCAUGAGAUUAAAGGCAAAAUGAUGAAGUCAUAUUUAUGAUAUGGAUUUGCAUUUUACAAAUAUGAAUAUAUAUAAUUACAUAUGUAUAGUAUCUAUAUGCAUAGUAGUACAUAAAUACUAUAUAUCGUAAGCUAUGAUAUAUUAAUUUUAAAUUAAGCUUUUUUAAGUGUUCUGAGUGCAA